AUGUGGCGUCUCUGCGGAUUCGUUCUGCUCUUUUGCGGGCUAACUUCUGGCCAAAUUAGUGAGGAGGAUCUGGGGAAGGCUGUUCCGGAUGAGGACGAUCCCAUUUACAGCAAGGAACUAUCGGACUUGGUCAUCACCACAGCUUUGGGCAAAAUUCGUGGCACCAUUUUACCCUCACAAUCUGGACGGAAUUUCUAUGCCUUUCGGGGAAUUCCCUACGCAAAACCUCCAGUGGAUCGCCUUCGUUUUGAGCCACCGGAACCUGUGGAGCAGUGGUUCGAUAUACUGGACGCCACUUUCGAUGGCCCAAAGUGUCCACAAUUGGGUCUUAUAAGUGGAGAUGUCAGUGAGGAUUGCCUGCGGGUUAAUAUUUACACCAAGGAGCUGCCCAGCGAAGGGCAACCGAAUAUUCGAAGACCAGUGAUUGUGUUUAUUCAUCCUGGAGGAUUCUACUCCUUGUCCGGACAGAGCAAGAACUUCGCAGGUCCCCAGUAUUUUAUGGAUCGAAGAUUGGUACUGGUUACUUUUAAUUACCGUCUGGGGUCACUGGGUUUUCUGGCCACCGGAACUAAGGAAGCUCCAGGAAACAUGGGACUCAAGGAUCAAGUGCAACUCCUUCGGUGGGUUAAACUACACAUCUCACGUUUUGGAGGAGAUCCUAGUUCGAUUACACUCUUGGGUUAUGGAGCUGGUGCCAUGGCAGUGACUUUGCAUAUGGUUUCACCGAUGUCAAGGGGUCUUUUCCAUAAGGCAAUCGUGAUGAGUGGAGCAGUCACAGGUCAGUGGUCUUUACCGAAUCAUCAGAUGGAUGUGGCCACCAAACAGGCUACAUUGCUUCAUUGUCAUACGGAAAAUGUUACCGAAAUCGUGGAUUGCUUAAGAGGGAAACAUUACCUGGAAUAUGCAAACACGUUGCCAAAAAUGUUUGAGUUCGACAGGAAUAAUCCGUUGAUUUUGUGGAAGCCAGUUAUAGAACCAGAUUUUGGUCAAGAACGUUUUCUAAUCGAAGAUCCCAUUAGAAGCUACCAAAAUGAUGACUUUAUGAAGAUUCCAAUUAUAACUGGAAUGACCAAGGAUGAGUUUGUGGGACCAGCUUUAUCCAUCUUGCAAAGUCCUUCUCUCUUGAGCGCCCUGAAUGAAAAUUUUGAGAAAUUGGCUCCUGUGUUCUUUAUGUAUAAUGAGAGUGAUCCAAAAGUUGUUAAUAUCAGCCAGGAGUUACGGAAUCAUUAUUUCAAAGAUCAACCAAUUGAUGCCAAUUGUUCGCUUGAGGCUUUGUCCAAUCUUUACUCGGAUGCCUUGACGGGUUUCGGAAUCCAUCGUUUUGUCCAUCUGGCUGCCAGGUCAACGAAGGUCUACUACUAUCGAUUCGCUUAUCAGGGUGCCAGAAGUCACAUUUAUUAUCCGGAAGAUGCACCCUAUGGGGUGGUUCACCACGACGAUCUGAUGUAUCUGUUUGUGGAACCCUCGAUAAGUCGCAUGUUUACCGAAGAUGAUGAGGAGUUUCGCAUGGUGGAUGUUAUGGUGCGAAUGUUCUCUGCCUUUGCUUAUAAGGGUGAUCCCAACAAACCCACUGAUUUGGCUUUACGAGAUAUUCGCUGGCGUCCUUUUAGCUUCAAGAAACGCUACUUUCUAGACAUCGAUAAAAAUCUAACUCUGCAGGAAAACCUUAAUGCCGAGCGCUAUGAGAUCUGGAAAAGGCUGUUUCCCCUCAAUUGGCGACGUCAAACGAAAGAGGUUUAA